CCUGAAACAAAAACGACAAGCUGUAGCGAAGUCGCGCGCAUCUCAACACGCCUUAGCUUUGCUUAUAGUGAAGUUAAGAAAGUGAGAGCACACUGACCCGCCUGUGUGUGUGUGUGUGUGUGUGUGUGUGUGUGUGUGUGUUUUAUUCGGAAUAAAGUUACGGAGAUAAUUCGGUUUAUUUCUUUCCUGCAUGCAGGGGUGAAUGACUUCACGGAGUGCCGGAGUCGCCUCGGGACGCGAGGACACGCCCCACGGCGGCGCAGCAGGAACUAUGCAAAGAGCCAUGGAGAGGAACAACCUGAAGAGCGAGCCAAGAACCAGCGAGAAGAAAUGCUCGUGGGCGUCCUACAUGACCAACUCGUCCACUCUGAUCGUCAUGAUCGGCCUCCCCGCCAGAGGCAAGACCUACAUGUCCAAGAAGCUGACUCGCUACCUCAACUGGAUCGGAGUGCCCACGAAAGUGUUUAACCUGGGCGAGUACAGGCGUGAGGCCGUCCGCUCGUAUAAAUCCUACGACUUCUUCAGACACGACAACACCGAGGCCAUGAGGAUCAGGAAACAGUGCGCUCUCGAGGCUCUGCAGGACGUGAAGAGUUACCUAAACGAGGAGGGAGGACAGAUCGCUGUGUUUGAUGCCACGAACACGACUCGAGAGAGGCGAGAUCUCAUCCUGGAUUUCGCCCAGGAGAACGCGUACAAGGUGUUUUUCGUGGAGUCGAUCUGCGACGAUCCAGAUGUCAUCGCUGAAAAUAUAAUGGACGUGAAGGUGUCGAGUCCGGACUAUCCCGAGAGAGACCGCGAGAGCGUCAUGGAGGACUUUCUGAAGAGAAUCGAGUGCUACAAAGUCACAUAUCAACCAUUAGACCCAGACAACCAUGACAAAGAGCGCUCCUUCAUCCAGGUGAUCAACGUAGGCCAGCGUUUCCUGGUGAACCGCGUGCAGGAUUACAUCCAGAGCAAGAUCGUGUACUACCUAAUGAACAUCCACAUGCACAAACACACCAUCUACCUCUGCCGUCACGGAGAGAGCGAACACAACGUGCAGGGUCUGAUCGGGGGCGACGCGGGCCUGUCCGCUCACGGGAAAGAGUUUGCUAUGGCGUUGCGGGAUUUCAUAGUGGACCACCGGCUGGUGGAUCUGAAGGUGUGGACGAGCCAGCUGAAGCGCACCAUCCAGACGGCCGAGGCUCUGGGCGUACCGUAUGAGCAGUGGAAAAUCCUCAAUGAGAUUGACGCUGGCAUCUGUGAGGAAAUGUCCUAUGACAUGAUCAAGGAGAAGUAUCCUGAUGAAUUCGCUAUGAGGGAUCAGGACAAAUAUCAUUACCGGUACCCAGGAGGGGAGUCAUACCAGGAUCUGGUGCAGAGACUCGAGCCGGUGAUAAUGGAGCUGGAGAGGCAGGGCAGUGUGCUGGUUAUCAGUCACCAGGCCGUCAUGAGAUGCCUGCUCGCAUACUUCUUGGACGUUAGCGCUGAUGACUUGACUUAUCUGAGGUGUCCCCUCCAUGUGGUGCUGAAACUCACGCCUGUGGCUUACGGUUGUAAAGUGGACAUGUUCGACCUGAAUGUUGAAGCCGUGAACACACACCGAAACAGACCACUCGCCAACAGCAAACACGAAGCUGUGAUGAGGAGGAACAGCUUCACUCCCAUGUCCAGUCAGGACCAGGUGAAGCGGCCGCGAGUCUUCAGCGUCGGAAACCCACCCUGCACCCCUCUGCCUCCAUCGCUGAGCUCCACAGAUGUCCCUGAGGCGCAGGAGGCCGAUGAACUCGACGAGAAACAAGAAGCACCGAACUGCUGGAGUCCUGGAGUUUGAGACAAUGGACAGAAGUGAAGACACUCAAGCACUUAAAUCUCCACCUGGAUGAGUCAGACUCACACCUUCUUGCGUCCACAGCCAAGCCCAGAAACUCUGUGUGUGUGUAUGUGUGUGUUGUGCGUGUGUCUGUCUGUCUGUCUGCCUUUAUGGUUGGCUCAUUUAAAGAAAUAGUUCAGCAAAACAAUCAAAUGUACGCACUGCUCUCAUUAGCAUAAAUGUAGUCAGUCAGCUGACGCAUGUUUGGUGUCUGAGGUUUGCUACGAGGCUAACAUAGCUAACAAUUCAUGGACGACUAUGAGACAUAAAUACGUCCACAAAUCUUCAUAUUCUUGCUUCAAACAACGAUGUAAGGUACGUAAUCUUGUUACAAUAGCUGAGGAAGUCCACAUUUACAAAUUUAAGUUUAAAUUUGAGCUAAUAUAUCCCAAUUAUUUGAUAUUAUCUUACAGUGCUCUUGAAAUAUCGCUUGUGAUUGGUCGUUUAUAGUCUCCAGUGUCAGUGCUUUGUAAAAGUCAGAAGUAAAGCCAUAAAUUUUCCAAAGUGCUUUACAGUUUCUCGGUAACAUGACAAGCUGCGUUUUUGUCUUAUUAAGUUCAAGCAAUCCUGAGUGAUAACAGGAGCUAACUUGUUUUGUGAAUGUUUCACACCAUUAAUGUGACUAUAAACGGAUAAAAAGUAUGACGUGUAGUUCUUUAAUAAAUAAUUUUAAUCGUUGGCAAAUUGCUGAGAAUAAAAUACUUCAGUAUGUGCUGUCAUAGGAAAAGAAUCAACUUUUAUCCAUAUCAGCUCCAUAUCAUUACACUUCCCCUGUGUUGAUUAUUUUCCUACAACAGCAUGCUCCAGAAAGUGCUUUAUUCUUUACUUAGGCUCCACCCCUAUGGUGAAAAGUGGAAGUGAUGUAUUAUUGAAUAUUGUUCCAUUUUAAACUUACGUUUGUUAAUAUGCACUUAUUAAUAUCUGAAGAAAGAAUAUGAAAGUUUUGGCUUGUAUUCAGCUCCAGUGCAAAUCUGAAGAUGGACACCAGACUUGGAUAAUCGAUUAUUUUUGGGGUAACAGUUAGCCUUUUCAUUCGUAAGUCUCUUUGGAAAAGUAUUUGCCAAGAAAUUACACCUAAAUGUCGCCUUUCUGCCCAGCGCCAAGUGGAUUGUGUGGCAUUGCUUGCUUUAUGAAGUUAUUUAAUUCCCAAAUUGAAUGAUUUAUGUGUCAUUAGGUCAUCUAAGAGCUACUCCACCCCACUAUUGAAUCCUCAGUCUGCAACUGUGCGUGUUCACUUGAUGCUGUAGUGGGAUAAUGAGUCAAUCAGGAAGCAUGUGAGCUGCAUUACCAGGCGUGUAAUCCUUUUGGCCACUAAUCCCAGAAACUCAGACAAGAUUGUGUCUUACACAAGCAGAAUGACACAACAGAGAUGCAGAUGUACCUUCCUUCCCUUUCCUUUAAACGGAAACACCAUGGUCUCCAUGCCUGUAAUGCUUCAUCUAACUUACUUCGGAAAGCAGAAAUCCAGCUAACUGUGAUGGCUGAUGUGUAUGUUCCUCCUCCUCAGCAUAAAUCUCAGUAAAAGGGGUGUGGCCUCUGUGCCUCAUUGUCAAUUAAAGUAAUAAUAUUUAUGGGAUAAAGUUAGCAUAAAAACUGCUGGGAUUCACAUGUUCUGUUAUAGUCCGAGAUCUCCUCGAAGGGCUAAUCAGGGUAGCGCUACAGGAGUUAUUUGUACACUUUGUUUUUCGUGCCACAGCUGCUGAUUACCUCGCACAGAAUACCAAUGGCUGGUAUCACCAGUCGAGUAUUUAGUAAAGAUCUUGAGAAAACUUCUGAACGUUUUAAGGAAUGUCAUGAGUAAAAUAAGAAGGCAAUACGUACAAGCAACGAGCAAAAAAUACGCAAAAUGAGCUUUUAAA